AGCGGUCAGUCACUCUGUCAGCCGCAUCAGAGCAGCUACUCGCCGGCUUGGUUUCAAGGAAUUCACCGCUAACUCUGCUCCACUUUUUGUUCCGUCGGUGCUCGGUGGUCUUCUCGGAUGCUGGAUGACAUCCACCACCAGGACCACCAGGACCACUAGCGGGACCACAGCGCACCUCUGACCGGCGAGCAUGGACAAGCAGGGCAGCCGCUGUAAGAUCGUAGUGGUCGGGGACGCGCAGUGUGGCAAGACGGCGCUGCUUCACGUUUUUGCCAAGGACUGCUACCCGGAGAGCUACGUGCCCACCGUGUUUGAGAACUACACGGCCAGCUUUGAGAUCGACAAGCACCGCAUCGAGCUGAACAUGUGGGACACGUCAGGUUCUUCUUACUACGACAACGUGAGGCCGCUGGCGUAUCCCGAUUCCGACGCCGUGCUGGUCUGCUUUGACAUCAGCCGCCCGGAGACUUUGGACAGUGUCAUUAAAAAGUGGCAAGGCGAGACCCAGGAGUUCUGUCCCAACGCCAAAGUGGUCCUGGUGGGCUGCAAGCUGGACAUGAGGACCGACGUCAACACGCUGAGGGAACUCUCCAAGCAGCGGCUCAUCCCUGUCACUCAUGAGCAGGGCAGCACGAUAGCUCGGCAGAUGGGGGCCGUGGCGUACGUGGAGUGCACGUCCAAGGUGUCGGAGAACAGCGUGCGGGACGUCUUCCACGUCACCACGCUGGCGUCCGUGCGGCGGCCGCACAACCCGCAGCUGAAGCGCAGCAGCUCCCGCCGGGGGCUCAAACGGGCGUCUCAGCUCCCCCUCCCGCCGCUGCCCGCUCGGACUGAACCCAUGGACCAAGCCCCCGUCCUCAGGAAGGACCGGGCCAAGAGCUGCGUGCUCAUGUAGAGACCCCCCCAGCACCCCUCCCCACAUAACUAUUACUGUACAUACAAAUAUAUAUACGCCAGAGGACGUCUAUUUAUUCAGUUUUUGUCGCUAUUUUCAUUUUUGCACUGUGAAAAUAUGUGUUUUUUUGGUGUCAAAACGAGGACAAAAGCACACUGUGAUUGUGGAGGUGUUCACUGCAAAAGUGACGAUGAUUGUCCUGCUGCGUCUUUGUUUAAGAAAAAAAAAAGGCGAGUGACUGAAUGGAGCUUUAUAUAUGAGGGGCCGUUAGGGUCAUUAUUCAGAAUUACUUCUUACACACACUACUGAAACACUCUUAUAAACACUACUGAAAUGCUCUUAAGAGCAUUUAGUAGUGUGUGUGAGAGCAUUUCAGUAGUGUGUGUGAGAGCAUUUCAGUCGUGUGUGUGAGAGCAUUUCAGUCGUGUGUGUGAGAGCAUUUCAGUAGUGUGUGUGAGAGCAUUUCAGUCGUGUAUGUGAGAGCAUUUCAGUAGUGUGUAUGAGUGUUUCAGUAGUGUGUGUGAGAGAAAAACAUUUCAGCUGUUUAUGUGAGAGCCUUUCAGUAGUGUAUGUAAGAGGUGAUUCUGAAUAAUGUCCCUAACAGCCCCUCAUAUUUAUAUGUCUGUUUGUUUAUGAAGUGCCCACAUGGCUCCCACAAGUGCAAUGUUGAGACAAAAACAAACACGUCUGCUUGUGUUUGAAUGCCGUCUCUGUGGAAAAUGAAGUCCAAUGUACUUUUUUUUAUUUUAUUUUUUUUUUUUUUUGCAGCCAGUCCUCAGUCCCCACCAAUGUUGGAAAUAAAGCACCUGCAUAUGGCAAAGCUAAUCAAAA